AUGAACCUGGACUUGGCUGGAGAGACCCCUGGUAGGGAGCUAUUCCUAAGUGCGCUGGAGAAGCUACCCAGAAGUGUAGUUAUACGAUUUUACGAACAACAUCCAGACAGCAAAUGCAACGCAACCACGUUGUCGUUCUGGCUGGUAAAACGGGUCCAGAACGCUAAGCAAGCCGAUGACAUCUUGGCGACAGUCGGCACAGAGAAGUUGAACAAGACACCUCCUGCGGUCCCGCCAAAGCCUAGGUCAUCUGCUGUGUAUGCUGUGGAGCUCAGUACUCAGCAGUGUGCCAAAUGCAGCAAGAGCCAUGCCACAGCAGAGUGUCCGGAAUUCAGGGCGCUGACAACCAAGCGCCGCUGGGACCUGGCCAAGCGUGCCAAGCUGUGUAGCUGUUGUUUGGAGCAUGGACACUGGGCGUGUGAGUGCCAGAAGCUGGAACGUUGCCACUGUGGAGAGAGGCACCACUCACUUCUGCACUACAGCAAGUCAGUGCAGCCACAAGCUGCAGCGCAGAAUCCCGCUACGAUGCGACCAGCAGCUACGGCACCCCGGCAGGAAAGUUCUCACCAUGCUAGUGUCAGUGUGCCGCAGACUACCGCUUUCGCUACCGUGCCAGUGAAGAUUAUUGGCCCAACUGGCAAGUCGGCAAUCUGUACGGCCAUGCUGGACUCAGGCUCGACUGCAAGCUUCAUACGGGAGGAUGUAGCCCAUGAGUUGGACAUGGCAGGUGAAGUUCACAUGUUGAACACAUCCACGAUUGGUGCGCAGCAGACCUCCGGCUAUCGGGAACUGGUCAAGGUGCAGAUGGAAUCCAUUGAUGAAACAGUGUCAUACCCGCUCAAGGCAUGGGUAUAUGAUCGUGUGACCAAGAAGACGCAGGUCGUCGACUGGAGCUGGUACAAGUCCAGCUAUGAACAUCUGAAGUUCAUAGACUUUCCCGAAAUCUCCAGCACCACGGUCGACCUCCUGAUUGGUCUAGACGUCAUUGAUGCCCACGCAUCACUCGCGGAGUACAGAAGCAGCAGCGGUGGACCAAUUGCCCGCAAGACGCCACUGGGAUGGGUGUGUAUGGGCCCAACGCCCAGUGCACCCAGUGAUGACGAGUUGUCUGUCAACUUCGUGCAUGCUUUAUACGGCGAAUGCAGCAUAGACAGCCUUGUCCAGAAUUUCUGGAAUCUGGAGGCAGUCGGUAUGAAGCACGAAGGCACCUACAUCACCCCUGCAGAGAAGGUGGCUGAGGAGAUCGUUGAGAAAUCCAUCAGCUUCCAUGAUCAGCGAGUCACCAUGGCAAUCCCAUGGGUCCACAGCAACGGCGAGCCUGGUGUCACCGCUAAUCGCGCCAUGGCGGACCAUCGCCUGCGCAUGCUAGAGAAAUCGCUGGACAAGCGUCCAGAGCUGAAGGCAGCAUACGGCAAGGUCAUCCGUAGCCACAUUGACAAAGGCUAUGUGCGCACAGUGUCGGCAGCAGAGGUUGAGGCAGAUGGCGACGACCAGUGGUUCCUGCCGCACUUCGCCAUUGUACGAGACGACAAGGCCACCACGAAGGUACGUGUCGUCUUUGAUGCUGCUGCCAAGUAUAACGGGAAAUUGUUGAUCAAUGAGUGUAUGUACCCUGGACCCGCUCUGCAGAAUGACCUAGUGAAAGUGCUUCUGCGGUUCUGCAAGGUUCCAGUAGCGCUCACGGCGGACAUUACCGAGAUGUUCCUGCAAGUCGUGCUGGCUGAGCAAGACCGCCGAUAUCAUCGCUUUGUGUGGGACUCACGCGUAUAA